AUGGACAAACAACAUUUACUUCCGCCGCUAGAGGCGAAUGAUCCCCGAAAUGUAGAUGAAUGGCGGACCGAUAUGCACGUUAGCAGAAGCGCGCCCUCAGGAAAAGAAGGCUCUGUAUCCGUUGCAGCCCUGUUCCGCCAGAAUCAAGAAGACACCGGUACCACUGAGCCUGUCGGCGGCUACCAAGAUAUCGAUGAGGCGCCUACUAAGCGCGAGAUGGACCGAGCUUGUGAGAGUUGUUUCCGUCGGAAAAUCAAGUGUUCUCGCAUCUGUCCUUGUGAAGAGUGCCAAAGACGUGGAAACAAGUGCAUUCCUCGCAGUCGACUGGACCGACGGAAGGAGACCAUCGUUCUCACAACGUCUACUGGAACCCGUGUGGAACGACCACAGAAUGGCGAUAUUUAUGCGGACCAGUCUUCCAGAGAAAGCUUACAAAUGUCUGAGGCUUCCGCCAGUGAAUCCACGGUGCGAGACCAAUGGAGCGCGUCCAAUCUGGGCCAUGCUUUGAUCGCGACCAUCCUAUGUGACAACAUUACUAAACAUGACCCACCCAUCACAGGCCCUGCAAACAUUACUUCCCACCAAAAAGGGAACAUCAUUAGGAGCAAUUGUGACAGCAGUCUCUCAUGGGAGACUAGUGCGAGCCCAGGCUGGAGAGCAACAUGUAACGGGUUCAGAUCCCCAGACUCGUAUAUGUCUACAGACAGCUUGACUGGGGAGCCUAUUCCAGAUCCAUGGUUCUCACCGCCUUGGUAUAAAGAUACAGGGUUUCCAACGACACUUCUUGAGCCAUACAGGGGUUGGAACCGGUCACAGUCCCAGUAUCUGAUUGGAUCCGAGACCAAUGUUUUCUCAUAUCCGCCCGUUCCUGCUCAGCAGCCGGGGGGCCCCUUUGAAGGCAAAGCUGAAGAGUAUUGGUAUCCCAACAGAGUCGUCAUGCCCAUCUGGGAAGCCAACUUACAAGAGCAGUACCUUUCGGGCCCCUCCUUUGAUACCCCGGAGCUUAUUAUUCCCUCGUCCGUUGCAGUCGGGCUCUCUUCUAUACCAGAGACUGCACCACCUAGCUUCCCCAGUUUCCCUCCUGUGCAGCAGAUCGAGGUCGGCAGCUUGGUGAUCCCGACUGAGUCUUUAAUGCUAUCGACUCCCUGGGAUCCAUUGGCGACCAUUCCCGCAGCAGUUCACAUAGCCGACAUCCGCAGCAAUAGCUUGCAUCAACAACCAUUUGCACCCAUCCCUAUUCAAAACAUCGAGUCGUCAGUACCUUCACGACUAUACAACGCGAUGGAUUAUCAGGGCACUGGAGUCAGGCCGUCUGGUAAUACUGGUGCCAACAGCCAGGAGUUAUCUCGUGAUGUCACCGUGCCGGAAGACCAAGUCGAGCAUAGCCACUUGACCUAG